AUGCCAUCACUGGUAGCGUUUGGGCGGCGUUGGAGGAUCGCUAGUGACGAUUUCUUCUUUCCAGCUUUAUCAGAAGUUGCUGUUCGCAUCACUUGGUUAACAGCGGCAUGUAUUCUGUUUAUGCUAAACAAUCCGGUGCACUGCCCUUCAGUGGAUUUCAUAACUUAUUUGGUUUUAUUAUUAGUUCUUAAUUUUGCUGGAAUUAUUUUUGCCAUUCUUUUGGCUUGGUUUAGCUCCAGAGGGUCAAUAUUACAACCAUCGGCUCGUCGUCAUGUGACUACUUUGUUGUAUAUUCGUUUGCCCUUAUUUAUUAUGGAAUUCAUCUGUACUAUAUUUUCAACGAUACUGGCUUUUCAGAAUGAUGAUGUCUGCCAUUUUAAAUUCGGAAUUCGCCUUACAGUCUUCCUUCAGUGGGCCUUGUAUUUUAUCCUUUUUAUCGGCCUAAUUAUUGUUUUUAAUCCAUCUAAUGACACUUACACGGACCAAUGCAGUAUUGGACAAGAUCAAGCAAUGCGUGCUGCUUUGGACGACAUUGCAUUUUUGAUGGCGUCGUUUUUCGCUGACGUUGACUUGGUUGCCUCAGACAUUCUUGCUGGACUUUUGCUUUUAGUUCACGCUCCUCACGACCUUCCAGCGGAAGAUGCAGUUCUACCUUCUUCAGAGAUUCCCUCUUGGAUGACACUGGAGAACGCUCAGAGGAUGAUGGAAUUUGCUACUGCAGUUUACGGGUGGCCAGCUUACUGCUUUAAUAAUUGCGGGUGUUCGGCAUGGUGUAAGUUAUGCACGAAGUUGAGUUGCUGUGGUACAUGUAGAUGUAGCGAGAUAAAGGUUAUUGACGAUAACUGCUGUUUUUGUAGCACAGCAUCUUUCUCUGUUAUAACUGAAAUUGAAAAAGCAGACAUACAUUUUGUUUCUUUUCGGAACAAGCUUUACGAGGCAAGCAGACACGUACCAUUUAUCGUAUUAGUUGAUUCAAAAACGAAAAGUAUAGUCAUCACCAUACGGGGGUCUGCUUCUUUGAUGGAUUUAGUAACUGAUUUGUCUUUGGAUGAAGAAGUUUUCUCAGUUGAUGUGGAUGUUGAUCCAAUUCUCAGCAAGGACGAAGACUUAGAACCAAAGGGGGAGGAGGUGCGUGUUCAUCGAGGGAUGUUGAAGAGUGCCCGAUACGUCUUAGAGACGCUAAAACAGCACAAUAUUCUAGACAAUCUUACAAAAAUGUUUCCUACUUAUAAUCUAGUUGUUUGUGGACAUUCUUUGGGAGCUGGAGUAGCUACACUUCUUACGCUGCUGCUGAAACAAAAUUACACCUCAAUUCGCUGCUUUGCAUUCUCUCCUCCCGGAUGUGUUAUCAGUGAAAACGGGCUUGAAGAAACGAAUCAGUACGUUUUUAGUAUUAUAGUGGGCGACGACGUUGUUCCGAGAAUGUCUUAUCAGACGCUACACAAGCUAAAAUAUAGUGUAAUUGAUGCACUUGUUGCUUCGAAUAACGCCAAAUUUGAAAUUAUUAUUAGAGGAUGCUUCCGUUUAUUCUUCUCUUCUCCCUGGCAAUCAACAUCAGGAACUGCAGCAGCAGUAGCAGCAGCAGCAGCACCACAACCACCAGCUGAGUCGUCCGUUGUCCUUGUAGAGGAUUGCCUUCCACUGGUCUUUCAUAAUUCUUUGACUACUGCAAGUCGAGAAUAUGGGACCCUUGGAGAGACAGGAGAAGCUCCAGCUGAACAGAGACGUCAUCGCGUUGAGCUACAUCCUCCCGGCCGUAUCUUCCAUUUAUGCGAUAAAGACGGUGUUCUUGUUGGAAACUGGAUUUCACAUAAAGCUUUGGAUGAAAUAAAGUUAUCGUCCGCUGUAAUAAGUGACCACAUGCCGUAUUAUGUGAGGAAAGUGCUUUUGAGGAGUAUUACAUCGACCAGUUGA